UUGCAUAUAAUGUCAAAUUUUAAGGUUUUGCGCAAAGAUUUAUCUUAUUUUCUUUGCUAGAUUCGUUCUGAGUUUGAUUAAAAUCCCUGGUGGGCGUUUCCAGCAGAGCGCCCUCUUGUGGCUCGUAGUGGUUUUACUCGGUCAGGUGAUCCUCGUUGUAAAUAGACUUUAGCGACCCUCUGCAGACAGACAUGCCUUUUUAGUCUCUUUAACCCGCCAACAGCAGAGCACGUAUCUCCGCUCGGGCUCCAUUAUUCUCCCCUCAGCCCCGCAUCGACAGAGCUGUAGGGAACCAUGUACCGCUCUCUUUAUCCCUUCCGAUCCACGGAGCCCAACUCGCUUUACUUCGCGGCCGGAGAGAGCUUUCUCAUCCUGGAACGGAGCAACAAACACUGGUGGCUGGGGUCCCGCUGCAGCUCGGGGGAAACCGGGUACAUUCCCUCCUCGUACAUCGAGAAGAUACAGGCUCCCGAGCAGGAUGAGGUGCUGCUCUCCAUCGACAGAGCCAUCGAGGGAAUCCACAACGUGGCCUUGAAAAACGGAGGCAAAUACAAUCUUGAGCAGCGCGACGUUUUGCAAAAGCUGAUCCACCACAGGAAGGAGACUCUGGCGCGCAGAACUUCCUCCUCCGUGGGGCACAAACCGGGCCUGCCGUCCUCCAACAGCGAGAUCUCGCUCAGCCAAACCCCGCCUCCUCCCAACGGCAUCAAACGGGAGUACGGACGGCAGGGCGGCGUGCCGUUCUCGGGCAGCAUGGACAGCAUGCAGGGAGAGCAGGGCUUCUACCAGGUGCCGCCUCAGCCUCGCCGCGCUGCUCCCAUCACUCCACCCCCCCCUGAGAAGCGAGGAGACGGCCGUCGUCCAGAGCCAGAGGUCCCCUCCCGGGUCUCCUCUCUCGCCCCGUCCCCCGCCCCCUCCCUGACUAUUAAGCCCGCCGCUCCUCUCCAGCUUCCUGUGGAGAACCCACCAGAAACUGACUGGCCCGUCGCCCCCCCAUCUGUGGCUGAAAGCCCACCCGGCAGCCCCGCCUCCUCAGAACCGGUCCCUGCCACGAUCGGGGCGGAGCUGAUCGAGCUGGUGCGCAAGAACACGGGGCUGAGCUACGAGCUGUCGCGGGUCGCCGUGGGCGUGGUGGUCGGCCACCUGCAGGGCGCUCUGCCUCAGGCCGCCUCCUCUCUGGAGCAAGUUCUGGUUUCGUUGGUGGAGAGUAAGGACCUGAGCGCCGCGCUCCCUCAGGGUCAGGUGUGUCAUGACGAGCAGCGCCUGGAGGUGAUCUUCAGCGACCUCGCCCGUCACCGUGACGACUCCCAGCAGCGCAGCUGGGCGCUUCAUGAAGACCACGCCCUCAUCGCCUGCUACCUGGAGGAGCUGCUGAAGAUUCUGACUGACGCUGAUCCAGAGGUCUGUAAGAGGAUGUGCAAGGCCAACCACUCCGAGAACGUGCUGUCUCUGGUUUCAUAUUACCAGAUGGAGCACCGCGUGUCUCUCCGCCUGCUGCUGCUCAAAGUUUUCGGCGCCAUGUGCAGCCUGGACGCCGCGCUCAUCUCCACCCUCCUGAACUCCAUCCUGCCCAUGGAGCUGGCCAGAGACCUCCAAACGGACACGCAGGAACACCAGAAGAUGUGCUACUCUGCUUUGGUGCUGACGAUGGUCCUCUCCAUGGGCGAGCAGGUUCCGUAUCGUCACUACGAGCACUUGAAUGCAGAAUUCAUCCGGUUUGUUCUGUCGGUUGUUGAGGACGGACUUCCCUCUGAUCCCACAGAGCAGCUACCCGACAUCUUCCUCAACCUCCUGCUGGCCUUUAACCUGCAUCACACGGUCCCCAGCAGCAAUGUGCUGAUGCAGGAGCUGAACCAGAAAAACGUCAAAGUCCUGACGGAGAAAGUCUUGCUGCUCCUCAACAGAGGCGAUGAUCCGGUGUGCAUGUUCAAACACACUCCCCCCGCGCCGCACGCCGUCCUCAAGUUCCUGCAGGACGUCUUCGCCAGUCCAGAGACCGCCAACAUCUUCUACCGCACUGACAUGAUGGUGAUGAUCGACAUCGCCGUCCGACAAAUAUCCGACCUGUCGCCUGGAGACAAGCUGAGGAUGGAGUAUCUCUCCCUCAUGCACUCCAUCAUCCGCUCCACGGACUACCUGGAGCACCAGCACCGCCUCCCCGACCUGCAGGCGUCCCUGCAGAGGAUCCUCACCGAGGAGGAGGAUCCGGGAGAGGACGAAGGGAGCGCCACAGCAAAGCAGAUGGAUAAGCUAAUCGUUCAGCAGAUCUUCAAGGAGUUCCCUCAGAUCUGUGAGGCCUAAACGCACGCGCUGCUUCCGUUUACAGCAGAGGGCGCUCUGCCGUCAUCCCCGUUUCCUCUCAGUUCAUCAUCUCGGGAUUAGAUGGAAAAAAAAAUAUUGCAAUUGCACAAUUUGAAAACUAACCUUAAGCCAAACACCUGAUCUGCUGUCAAAGGGAAAUCCGAGCAAUAACUAACUAACUGCAUGUGUUCCAUACGAUUUCAGUGUUAAUCACCUUCUGGCGGACUUCAGGGGAAGAGUUGAGGACAGGAGGUGCCAUGAGUUCUGUUUGUGAGUCCUUAGAGCGGGACCAAACUACUGUGUUACUGAGAGUAUUAUUUUCUUAGCUGGAUCCUGCACUCUUAUUCUCUUAUUUUCAUUCAUAUCUUAAAUUCAGGUUAGUUAGAAAACAUGAAGAAGUUUACGUGUUCUGAGGAAAACAAAAGCUGACAUUGCUGCUGCUGCGUUAGUCUGUUGUGCUUCUGCUGCUGCGAUCGCUCAGUGAUCAGAAUUUAUCCUCCGUCUGCAUUGAGGCUUCAUGACAACAGCUCCUGGCUGAAAUGUUCUGCAGGUGUUCUCUGUGCUUUAGCAUCCAGCAGCUUCGUUCAGCGAGAGAUCAAUCAUCCUGCUGAAAAUCAGAACAAAAACACGAGGCGUUUGUUUGUUUACGAUGGUUCCUGAACUUUAACGUCUUUUUUUCCUCAUUUUGAUCCAGUAAUGUUCUUCUUCUUUGACUUUAAUCCUGGCAUGACUUCAUGUUAAUAAUAUCAGACUAUGACUCAAUUUUUGUGUGUAUGUUUGUGUGAGAGAGAGAGAGAGAGAGAGAGUAACACUUGAUGUUUUACUUUUUUUGUUUGCCUGUGUUACAAUAAGACUAAUAAAGUUCUAUUUUAACAGUGAAA